AUGGAACGGGAGGGCAAGGAAGAUAAAGAUGAUAGGAUACUUAAUGAAAUGGAGGAGCUGACAAAUGCCAUGGAGCAGAAGAAGAAAAAGGCAAAGAAACUUCUAAAAAAGAGACAAGCCAAGGACAAAGCUAGGAAAGCAUUAGGCAAGCAAAUAGACACAACAAAGGAUGGCUACACCGAUCAUAAAUUGUUCUCUCUUACUUCUGUCAAGGGGAAGAAAGAACUUGUGGCUGUUGAUAAUGAUGAAUAUGAUUGUGAAAAUGAUGAAAUUGGAAGUAGUGACAGCGAAGGAGGCCUUGAGGAAGCCCAAGGGGACACUUAUAGUGAUAAAGACAAUGAUGAAGAACACCAACGGUAUGGUGAGCAACUACAGGAGCUACUCGACGAAGCCUACGAAAGAUUUGUAGCUAAACAGGAUGGAAGUACGAAGUAG